AUGGAUGAAACCUGCGAGUUGGGUAAUAUGUGGGCUCCAGACCAACUCCAACCCACCUCUAGCCAUGAGUUAGCCAGGGAACAGCCCAAAAUCGUCCCGACGACCAAUCCAACUAUCAUUUUGGCAUUGAGUAUUACGGGUCUGAUGUCUGCCAUUGAGGGUACUAUCAUAACGAGCGCGCUACCCACCAUCACAAACGCUCUGGGCGGUGGUGAUUCCUACAUUUGGGUCCCCAGCGCCUAUCUCCUGGCGCAGGUAGCGAUACAUCCUUUCGCUGGGCAAGCUAGUAACAUUUUCGGUCGCCGCAAUUUUCCUACUGGGAGCCGUUGCCCUCUUCACGCUCGGAGGCGGCCUCAGCGGGACUCGGCAGUGGAGGAGACUAUCGUGACCGACAUUGUCCCACUCCGGGAGCGUGGCCAAUACAUGGCCAUCAUGGGGAUAGGUGCUAUUGUGGGAGCUACCGUGGGGCCGUUUCUGGGUGGACUGAUCACCGAUCAUGCUUCCUGGCGAUGGUGUUUCUAUAUCAACGUACCCAUUGGUGCUUUCGCUUUCGAUACCCUGUUUGUUUUCCUCCUUGUCAAAUAUGAGAGCGAUUUGAGCUGGUCGGCACGCUUUAGGCGCAUCGAUAUCUCUAGUAAUGCCAUCUUCGUGGCCGCAAUCGUCUCCGCCCUCAUUGCGCUUACUUGGGGCGGUACCAUCUAUAAUUGGAUUACUUACCACAUUAUUGUGCCCCUUGCCCUGGGUCUUGUGGGCGUGUUGCUCUUCGCCGCUUUCGAAUGGACCCCGCGGAUCUGUCCUGAGCCCUCUUUCCCGCGAGGGAUGGUGUUAAACCGCACCUCAGCAGCUGCUCUCGUCUUGACUUUCACCCAUGCGAUCGUUGCGUACUGGGUAUACUACUUCCUGCCGAUAUAUUUCCAAGCCGUUAAGGGCUUUUCACCUUUACGCUCCGGCAUAAAUACGUUGCCAAAUGUGGCCGGUGGGCUUGUCUUCGCAGUUCUGGCAGGCGUCCUGCUCUCCAAGUUUGGCCGUCACCAGCCUAUCCACUUGGGCGGGUUCGCUAAUACCACUGCCUCCUUUGGCCUGCUCAGCAUACUUGAUACCAACUCAAGCACCGCGGCGUGGGUUCGCAUACAGCUUCUAAACACCAUCGGCAGUGGCAGGCUUGACGGUGUGCUCCUGCCCGCAGUUCAGGCGCCUCUGAAUGAAGGCUAUGUCGCCACAGCUACCGGCAUUUGGAGCUUUUCUCGAUAUUUCGGCUGCAUCUGGGGCGUUACUAUCCCGAGUGCUUUGUUUAACAAUGAGUGCCGCCGUCUCGCAAGCCGCAUUAGCAAUGCUGACAUCGCUAGUAAUCUGUCGGCUGGCAGUGCGUAUCAACAUGCCACAGGUGCCUAUCUAUCUAGUACUGAGGAUACAGCACUUCACGCAGAAGUAGUCGAAGUCUUUAUUGGAUCGAUGCGGACGGUUUGGUUGGUGGUAAUUGCAUUUGCUGCAUUAGGAUUCUUGGUUACUUUCGUAGCGAAGGAGAUUAAACUACGGGAAGAAUUGAACAAUGACUUUGGGGUGGAAGACAAAGAGGAUGCUGCAAUCUCGCCAAGGACAGAUGCUGAGGCUGUAUUAUCGCCCAGUUAGUGUAGUACCUAUAAGAGGGAUUUUAUUUGGCUAUGGAGAUCGUAGAGGGGUGAGAAAUCCGGCAGUUUCGGGUGCG